UAUGUUUUCCUGGGGAUUUCGCAGCCACAUGACAGCUUUUCUCCCACCAUUUGGUGAUAAAAAAACGCUGGAAAAACACGAUUCUACUAUGGAAAGUCACAUAUGAGGCUGCGUUGAACUGGCGGGUCGUCAGUGGAUACAACAUUCUACGAACAUCAGCCAAGGACACCGCAUUAUCAUCACAGUAGCUAGGGUCCUGACUGUUACAAAUACUUUCGUUGGCAAUUAAUACGGGACACUUUUCUCGCUUUUCAAUACCGCCCACGUGGCAGUUGGUCUCCUGGUCCAAUAUCCGAAGAGGCGUGGAACUUGAACGCAUUGAUCUGCGUAAGGCGUAUGAAGAAGUAGCGAGGCUACAACGAUGCUAUCACAGUCAACGAUGCCUGAAUAUCAAGCGGCAUCCGUGUUUGAUAAAUGCCCACUUGACAUCUUGUACAUGGUGUUCAAGUUGUUAUCCACUGCUGAACUCCAUAAACUAUGUCUCGUCAACAAGCCUUUCCGCGCAAUCGCCGAGCCAUUUCUCUACUCGAAAAUUCAUUGGAGUUGGGGAGAACCUCUUUCUCCUCACCCAAUCACUCAACUCUUAAGAACACUCAUAUGCAGGCCUCAGCUGGCUGCUUAUAUCACAGGCAUCCACUUGGAUCGCAUGACCUCUAAGCACAACUCGAUUUACCCUACAUUUCGAAGAUCUUCCACCCCCACUGCCGAACUGUAUAGCGCUAUUGCAUUCAUCCGGGAAACCGGAGUUCCCUAUAGUGAUCUUUGGAUACAGGAAAUGCACCUAGCUACGAUGGAUGCUUUUGUUGCUCUACUUUUAGCGCAAGUCCCGAAUCUGAGAUAUCUAUCCCUUGGCCCUGAUGUCGCCCGACCGGAUAGACUUAUCGGUAUGGUUCUCCGUUCGGCUAUCUGUGAGCCUAUGAAUUAUAAGCUACCUAGCUUUGAACAUCUUCAAGAUGUGUCUUUCCUCCUGAAUCUCGGUCAGAACUACGUGCGUGAAAAACAGAGCAAAGAUAUUGCAGCCUUGUCACUGUUCUAUCUGCCAAAUAUCCGACACAUGUCAGCCUCCAUCGAGAACCUCACUACGUUUUCGUGGCCUAAAGCACAUUUGCCUACUCCAUCGCAACUCACAUCGCUCGAUUUAACCAAAAUACGAGAGAUAUAUCUUGGUGAACUGCUCUCAGUCACUCCGAACCUCAAAAGCCUUCAUUGGAAAUGGCAGUACGAUCAUGGUCUCGACGAUGAUUUAAAUCUGCCCAUCCUCGAUCUUGACCGGAUUGCUGCUGCGAUAUCUCAUGUUAGAGGCACUUUAACGGAGUUGACGAUCACAGGUUGCUGUGAAAUCAAAGGGGACGACCAAUGGAUUCCUAGCAUCGAGAUCAAGGGCUCAUUGAAUGCGAUGGUCAAUUGGGCCAUGCUUAAGAAACUUCAGAUCCCAUGGGCAUUCCUAAUGGGGUUCGAACGAGACAAAUCCAAACGAUUGCAACAUGUGAUGCCGAAGAAUAUCGAGUUUCUGUCCAUUACAGACGAUCUCAAGCUACAAGACAAUGAUAGCACGCAACCAGAAUGGCCUCUUUGGAUCUGGAACGAGUAUAAAAUUUUAAAAAAGCUUCGAUUAUGGCUUGAGGAUCGGAGUACAUGCACGCCACAUCUUCGACGCAUUACACUGACACUACGCACAGAGUGGAUAUUUGCUGAGUUUGAUGAAUGGUCUCCUGACAUAAGGCAGGCGUACAGGGACCUGGGUGCUCGAACUGGUGUUGAACUCGAGAUCAUAGAGCUAGAUACUAAAUAAUAGGAGGGACGGAUUCAUGGGCGCUGCUUCAUCGAACAUCAAAUGUGAAAGAUAUUCCAUCCUGUUCGAUAGAUAGCGGUCACAUAACCCUAUCUAUUUAGAUCCUACGACCUCUGGAUAAAACUUAGCUUCAUCAACACUCUUACCGCCCUCGAG